GGUUUUCUGGGAGUUGUGGUCCUUCAAUUGACCGAGGUGAACAGUGUUUUGAAUGUGUACCUCACGGCUAAAGGGGAGAUGGCUUCAUUUAUAUAAACCUUUUGGAAGUAUUUUUCUGCAUGUUAACAAAUUCUGUGUAGUUAAAUGCAAAUUGUAGAAAGCAAAUAAACGACUGAAGAUAACACGAAUGACUGAAACAAUUAGUAUUAAACGCCGCGGCCUCUGGAAUUUACCUUAUCCACGGUCUCGAUUGGCAAACAAGUACCGGGUAUGAGUGGAAACGUUUUAUGGAAAGUAACGAGAUUUUGUUUGGUUGAAUAAUCGCAGCAGCCGUUUUUAUUUUACUAUCUGAUGAUAAAAACACACUUUUAUUGAUAUAUAUAUGUCGCCGUAGUAUAAGAGCCUAUUUUUAUUUGUGCUUUGAAUACCUUGAACAAAGGACUGCUAUUAUUAGAGUCGGUUAAAGGUUGUCAAAGAUCGUUGAUUAUUUAAUAUUUUCUUUUCCUUUUAUUAUCAUAUUCAACAAUACAUUAAGUAAAAUCACUUAAACGCGAAGUUGUUGCGCAGCUUGGUUGUAUUAAGGGGCAUAUAUCUUUAAACGUACUUUUACACUAUCACACAUGGCGUUAACAGUAUAACUAUAACGUUUCACGGGUCUGUUUCGGUUUAAAUGAUGAGCACAGAUUUAUAGAACUGGUUCUUAGCUGAUAUAUAUAUAUAUAUUGUUUUGACUUCAGUAUUUACCUGCCAUUUUAUUCGUGUACUGUUGGAAUCAGAUUUCGCUAGUCGACUUGAAUAAUCACUGCGGUUUUUCGCCAUGUCUUUGGUUGCUUAUGGUAGCAGUGAUGAGAGUGACAGCGAAGACAUUGUCCAGGAAGAUGGGUCUACUGCAGGAACCGUUAAAAGUGACAUGUUUUCUAGGCUUCCUGCCCCUAGAAGCUCAAUUCACGAAGACAUGUAUACUGGAGCCCUUAGCAAGACUGGAUUCAAUUUCCCCAUUCCUAGGGAUGCCACGGAGAGACCACAAGGUCAUCAGCCUCCAUCGAGACUCGGCCUCCCACCUCCCAGGAAUGAGUCGUCUUGGUCUGACCAGGAACUGGACAAGCACCAGUUUAGUUUGGGGCUGCCACCUCCAAGGAACCCUGCAGGCAUUGGCUUCAACCUCCCACCUUUCAUUUCAGGGGGGGAGUUUGAUUUGCCUAAACCAAAAAAGAGGUCUGAACCAGUCAAAAUCACCAUUCCUGAAAUCGAGAAAGGAGACUCUGAUGAAGAUGAACCAGUUAAGAAGAAGGUCACUGGGCAGGAUACCAGCUUGAGUUCGGGUCUUUCAUCCUUGCUUCCUCAGCCUCGAAACAUGACUGUUAAGGAGACUCAGCGCCCACUUGUCCCUCAUUCCUUGACCAAGCAGAAACCAGAAGCCAGAGUAGUAGGCAGACCUCACACUGUGUCAUCAACAAGCGUCAAUGCCUCUCCUUCAGCAAUCAAAGCUGCUGCCAAAUCAGCAACUCUUCAGCUUGCUCGCCAGAUUGCACAAGAAGAGACAGAAGAGGGGAGUGAUGAAGACCUUGAACCAGAAAACUAUUUUUCUCUCCCCACUGAGAAAAGCAAGCCUCCCGUAGAGCUUGAUAUGAUGGUUCCUCCAGGAACAGAACCAUCAAAUGCUUUUCAUUCCAACAACCCUUUAGAAUUUAGUUCAUCAGCAAGUAGUUAUACUGAGGCAGAUACUACAUGGGGAGAUCAGUCAGGUGAACAGUUCUAUCCUCAGUAUCUACAACCUGCUGAACAGAAUUCAGGCAGCAUGGGUUACUAUCAGGAUUUUUACAGUAAUGAAUACUAUCAAGAAUCUGAUUCCAGCUCUGGUCAACCUGAAGAGCCUAGCCAGGCCUCCUUUCUAGAUGACGAAGCAUUUCGACGACUUCAAGGAAAGCGCAAUCGUGGGAAGGAAAAGAUAAAGUUCCUUGAGAUUAAAGGAGAUGAUCAACUGAUUGGAAACCAGCAGUGGUUGACCAAGGGCUUGACUGAAGAGAAGGAACAGCGCAAGUCCUUUAGCAAGAAAAAGGGAGAUCAGCCAACUGGUCAACAAAGACGAAAGCACCAGAUCACAUACCUUAUUCACCAGGCUAAAGAGAGGGAACUGGAGUUGAAAAACUCUUGGGCUGAAAAUAAACUCACACGUCGGCAGACACAAGCCAAGUAUGGUUUCUAGAGAGAUGGGCACUAUGCCAGUUGUCCAGGACAAUGAAACAUGCCCAUGGAGUGAAAGUGAUGGCAGUGUCAUUUUAGAGGAGUGGGGUGAUCUCACAACUAUGUACAAACAUGCUCUAGACAUCCUUUGUAAUGUGAUUCUACCACCUCCACCCCACCCCACCCAAGACUGCAAGAGGGUGCAGCUCUCAGCAGCCUGCAAGCUGAAGACCAGUGUUCUCAUGUUUUUUUAUGCUUCUUUAUUUUUGUUUGCUUAUUUUCUCCAUCAGCAUUUUGUUAGUAUAUUUGUAUUAUUAUGGUCUGAAAUAUUUUGAACAGAAGAACACCUGAUGUCUUUAUUUAAGUCACUACAAGGUAGAAGUGUGUAAAUAACAUUUUUUACAGUAUAAAAACCCUUAUGCAAAGUGGGUAGUUUGACCUUCAUAAGAAUAGUUCUGUUUUAUGUAAUUAGGUGCUGGACAUUAUUAUUUCAGGUAACCCUGUCCUUGCCAUAAUGUAAACCUUUGGAGAAUCUGAGCACAAAAUCAAUCAAAUCAAGUUUUAAUUAAAAGAUAAUAUAAAUGCAUCUUUGUUUUCUCUAUUUCUUUUAAGGGGCAAAACAAAUAAUGUGUUUGAAGUAAAGAUUGCUUAUUUUAUAUAUGAUUCUUUUCCCACUGCAAACUAAAUCUAUAUAACUUGUUUGGAAAAAAGUAGAAAAAAUAUCUAGCUAUAAAAAUGACUAUAUUCUGGUAAAAUGACUUAUUAUGUUUGGCAGGAAACUGAGAAAAUGGGCAACAUCGAUUAGUUCAUUUUUUUUUUUUUGAAUAACUGUUCCCAAACAGUGUAUUUAGUACUCUUAAGACUGUAAAAAUGCACAACGUGUAUGUUUGAUAAUAAAAUGAUGUUAUAGCCGA